UUCACAUUAACUGACUAAGUUGUUUGUCACAAUUAUCUAAAUAAAACAAAGAGUUGAUGUUAAGCAAAGCUAAGAAAAUUAUAAUAAAUCAGAAAAUCACCUCAUUUCACUCAGUGAGAUAAGAUUUUAUCUUGUUCUCUUUGCAGUAAUUUAGCACACUGCUAAUUUCUCUUCCUCGGUCACAUGUGCAUGCAGUGUACAUGCAAUAUGUAUUUCUGAAGAUGCUCCCUGAGAUUCUCAGGUUUAUCUUGCCUCUUUCUCCUUUGAUGCUCUUGGAGUCUAAAAAAAGCUUGCGGCUUUCUGCAAAAGCAUACAUCCUGUGACAACCCUCUGAGAAAAAAAUAAAACACAGACGAGCCUCCUGCACGCCAUCAGAGUGUGCAAACAGAAACAUGCAUCACACUCUGUAGAGUCGUCUAGCUAGCGAAACAAUCAGUUUAAAGAGUUGCUAAUUUAAUUUUAAAACAGUUUCGACCAUGAAGAAUUGUAGCGAUCGGACAAAAACAGGAGAUUGUGAUUGGUUGAAAUCAAAUGCUCAUAACAUCAUCUAUGUCCUCUGUACUGUUCUGGCGCUAUCGCUAUUGUUUAACAUCGCAUGCUGCUUGUCAAAGAUCUGCUCGGGGAAAGGAAGAUGUCAGUGCAGGAAGAGACGAAGUAGGAGUUCCAGACAAAUGGAGGACAAUCCAAUUUAUGGGAAUUUAAGCUACAUGGAUGCAAAUGUAGCUGUGUAUACAGACCCUGCUCCUCUCCACUCCUCACUGAGCUCUUCAUCUUUAAGGAUUGCACACAGGGUCCAUCCUGACUCACAGUCCAAAAGUCAGGAAUGCUACGCCAACCUGACCCUGAAGCCUCCCAGGCCGCAGUCUGGGCGCAUCUCUCCACAGAUUCAGGUCUCAGAUAUCGUGCAUUUAGAGAAGCCAGAGGAACCCGAAGAGGAAGAGACGGAAGAACCUGUUACCAUAGAUGAUGCUGUCUCCACCAUGUCUGAUCUGUACGCCUCCGUGCAAACUCAGCGAGCCAAAUUGGUCGACAGUGCGGACGGUGAAGAAGGCUACGCAAACCAUCUCUGAGACGACCUGCUGACGCUCAGAGGAGGAUGGAGGAUGUUUUAAAAGCUUCACCUGCCACCACAGGAGGGCGCUAUUUGUCACCACAUUGAACUGACAGCCUGUUUGCAGCAGUGAAGUGCAUCACUCAAAGUGUUACUCAGCCCUAGGUAUACUCAGGACACGCAGACAAACAGGUCUUUACAAUUCAGUCUAGUAUAAUUAAAUUAGAAUGCAUUUUAAUUCAAGGUUUAAAUUCUGAAAGAUAAAACAUAACCAUCUAAUGAUACCAACAGGAUAACUUGAAGCAAACUGA